AUGCUUCAGGUUUGGCCAUCAUCGCGCCGGAGGCAAACCUGUGCAGCUGUCAAUGAUCCAAAUGCAUUCCUCAGCAGGUAUGGCCUGAAUGAUACAAAUGAUCUAACUUUUGAGGUUUGCAAUUGUCCUGACAUCAUUCUCACAUACUCUAUCUCUGCCAUAUCCCUACGGAGGAAACAGAGGGGUGGUAGCAACUACUCUGAUGAGGAAAAAGAGACUGCUGUGUUUAACCAGGCCCCAGGAUGCCCUAAUCUUACCAUUCUCUCUUUCAAAGGGGGAUUCCAUGGGAGAACUAUGGCUUCCUUGUUGUGUACACAUACAAAAUGGGUACACAAACUUGACUUCCCAAGUCUUGACUGGCCAAUGGCUGAUUUUCCUAAACUAAAGUACCCUCUUGAAGACAACGUAGCAGAGAAUGCAAAGGAAGAGCAAAGGUGCCUUGAUCAGGUGGCUGAGUUGUUUGAUAUUUACAACAAACGUGGCAAUGAUGUAGCUGGUGUUAUAGUUGAACCCAUACAGGCAGAAGGUGGAGAUAACUAUGCAUCACCCAACUUCUUCAAGGAGCUCCAGAAAAUAAUCAAAAAGAAUAAUAGCUACAUGGUGGUCGAUGAGGUCCAGACUGGUGCAGGGGCCACAGGUGAGAUGUGGUACCAUGAAACAUGGGGCCUACCCACCCCACCGGAUGCAGUGACCUUCUCCAAGAAGAUGAUGUCAGGUGGUUAUUAUUACACAGAUGAGCUAAGACCAACUGAGGGCUACAGGGUGUUUAACACAUGGAUGGGGGACCCCAGUAAAGUAUUGUUCUUAGAAGAAAUGAUUGAAAUCAUGAAGGAUGAGGAUUUACUAGCAGAGGUGACUAGAGCUGGAAACAAACUAGUGGAUGGCCUUAAUGAAAUACAGGGUCGUCACCCAGAUGUGCUCAGCGCAACACGGGGAGGGGGUGUAUUUGUAGCUGUCGAUUGUAAAGAUGCAUCCUUCAGGGACAAACUUAUUGCACAGCUUAGGAAUGCAGGCAUUCACACAGGAGGAUGUGGUGAUAACUCGUUGAGGUUUCGACCGAUGCUUAUAUUUCAAGAGAAACAUGCCAACAUUGCAUUAGACACUUUCGAAACAACAUUGAAGAAACUUCUUUAAAUUAACUCUUUGACACAGUCAGAUGAACACAGAUCGCUGAUAUUUGAGAUCGUAAAGUGGUUGCUGGUCACCUAGAAAUAAGAAAUGUUAUGCUUUGAUUGAAAGAUAUCACCUGCUCAAAGUGACUUUUCAAAAAAUAAAAAAUAAUGCAUCAAAUAACACAUGUGGGGAAAUGUGUAGUUCGGGAGGGGCUUACAAGGGCUUGAAGCUAGACUGCGUCAAAGAGUUCAAGUCUGAAAUUUCACAGGUUUUUCAGCUAAGUCAUCAACAUUUUGAUCAACUUAACACAUGUUAAGCCUAAUAGAAGGGUAAACACAUUGUUUUGAAUAACUGAGCUUUUUUGAGUUGUUGUCAAAUCAAAACGAGGAAAUAUGACUACGCAAUCAACAAUGUCAAAGAGGACUGGCUCCCAUGA